AUGUUCCCGCUGAUAGAAAACACUGCGAAAGAAUUCGUUCACCGCGUUCGCGAGCUCGUGACGAAUGCCAUAAACGUAACCAAAGAUGAUAUAGGCGCCAUCAAUGGUGAUGUGAUCGAAAGAGAGAAGAAUCGAGGAGAUACAAAUGGAGUAGCCGUCGUAGACUCGGAGAAGCUGGUUGGAGGUUACACAGCAGAUGCUAUCGUUCCAUGUGCCUUUGGCUUGAAAAGCAGUGUCAUGGAUAACCCGAACGACCCCUUUGCAGUGGCCUUACAAGCUUUUUAUGAAAUGACUCCAUUCAAUAUAUUUGAGAAGACCAUGCGUCAGUUCUGGCCGGCAUUUGUGCUGUUCUUCCGGAUGAGGAUCAUCCCGAAGAAGACCCACGACUUUUUCUACAACAUCGUCACCAGUGUACUCCGAGCCAGGGAAAAUGGUGUACAGGAGAAACGCGGUGAUUUCAUUGAUAUGAUGAUGGCUCUACGAAGCGAUGACAGGAACAACAAUUUGGCUAAAGCCGAUAGUGAGAACGACGUGGAAAUAACGGACAUGGUGAUAUCAGCGAACGCAUUCAUCAUCUUCCUCGGGGGCUUCGAAACCACCUCCUCGACGCUCGCCUUCCUAUUCCUGGAGCUGGCUGCGCAUCAAGAAGUCCAGGAGAGGAUGAGGAGGGAGAUAAUGGAGGUGCUGAGUAAACGUGAUGGAAGGAUGACGUAUGAAGUGCUCCAAGAGCUGACUUACAUGGAAAUGGCUAUACAAGAGACCCUACGCCUGUACCCGCCGUUCCCCAGCAUCCAGCGGAUGUGUACAAAGGACUACACAAUACCCGGCACGAGUACAGUCGUGGAGAAGGGCACAAUAGUCCUCUUCCCCACGCUCGGCAUUCAAAGGGACGAGCAGUAUUUCGAGAACGCGUCCGCGUUCGUGCCAGAGCGGUGGGCGGACGACCAGCCUGUACCAGCGCCUGGUGUCUACAUGCCAUUCGGUGACGGCCCCCGUUACUGCAUUGGUAAACGUUUCGCCAUGAUCCAGAUGAAGUGUUGUCUAGUGAAAGUCUUGCAGCACUUCAAGAUUAGCCCAGCGCUGGGCGUGGGCGCCUUCAAGCCACGUACAGAACCCUUCGAAGCUGACCCGCGCUCCCCUCUCGCCCUCCACCCGGCUGACUCGCGUGUCAGAUUGAGCCUCUUA